CUGAAAAGUCUAGUCAGCCCAGGCUUGUACUCCUUGCCACGGCAGUAUUGCUGUUUCAGAAUGUGGCUAGAGCCAAUGCAGUAAUAAACUUGAGCAGCCACCGCAGUAAUGUGGGUUUGAUGGGAUCACAGAAUGAGGCCCCUCAACAGCACCAACAACAACGUCUGCAACAGCACUUGUCAUCUGUAGAUAUGAUAGAUGUCGCAGUUUCAACUGACGGGAAAAGGUCAAAUAGUGAUAAGAAGAAAAGGGAUGGCAUCGACACGGUUCAGCCUGACAUGAACGCGUAUCUUAUAGGUCUAUGGGAGGGGAUUGUCCAUAUUGGGGAUGAUCCGAAAAUCCUGGCUGGGAUCACGGCCUUGGCCACAAACGUUCUAAACAAUGGUGACCAUUCUGCACAUCUGUUAUCCGUCAAACACAAACACGAGAGGCGUCAGCUUUGGCAAGAAAAGGAAGAAAAUAUAAUGCAGAAGCAGAAGAAGCAUCAACCCAAGUCCGAUGCUGACGAAUAUAAAGAGGGACUAGAGAAUUUGCCUAUUGGGAAGAGCGAGUCCCUCCUAAGCGCAAGAGACGGUGAAGUGGAUGAAAGGAGUAAGAUGAAUAGAAAUCAGGAGAACAAGGCAAUGGAAGAGAAGCAGAGCGAACGUAUAAGUAAAGAUCAAAGGAGCGAAGCUUUGCAUCAAACGGCGAGUGAAAUUGAACAGAAGGGGAACCAGGGCCAUGAUGAUAGCCAUGGUAAGUUUGAGCAAAUCAACCUCACAAAUAGAAGUUCAACAGCCAAUUACGAUAAGCCUGGAGAAUACAAUUUUCUAAAUAAGAAAAAACACUGCUGGAAAGCAAUCGAAAAUAAGUUAUCAUUGCUCAUAACGUUUCUAUCAUUAUAACUUUCACGAUCAAGGCAUUGCCUGUAUUUUUCAAAACAAGGAUAGCAAAGACAGUCUUCUGUUGCAGAGCAGCUUUAGGAUCGAGACCUUAGGACAGGACAAUAGGCUACCCCAAGCCGUUUCCCUUC